AUGAAGUUCUCCCACUCUCUAACUUUGUUGCUCGUAUCAGCAACACAUGCACUCGCAGCACCAACCCCCAGCGUCCCAUCCGUAACGCUCACCUUCCGCGAUAGUCACGGCACCGUCACGCUUCGCCAGGACAUCCCGUUGAACAACCUCGUCGUCAGCAUUCCUCCGAGCCCGCUCGCGUCGACAGCGGACAAGUGGGCGGAUUUCGAUAAUGUUUGGUGUGGGAUUGGGAGCCCGCCUGGGGCGCCGGCCAGUACGGUGAGCUGGGAUAAAGAGGAUGUGACGCAUUUUAGUCCGCCGAUUUUGGUGGGGUUUAUUAGGUGUUGUAGGGGGACGAAGGAGAAGUGUGAACGUUGA